GGGGGGGGGCGGAUUGGGAUACAGAGGGCCACCGGGCGGGGAGGGGGGUCCGCAUGAUUCCUUACAACCAGGCUGUGAUGAUGGUGGAGAUGCACCGAAAUCAGUGCGGCGGAUUCCUGCAGAGCCCGACACUCUGCACCACAGCCCCGCAACCGAGUGUGAGCUGCUGCAGGGUUAGACGCUCCUGCUUCUCUCCAGCCCGAAGCUUGACACCCAACAACCGCCUACCUUGCGAGCUCCAUUCAUUCACGGAGAUUUGCAGCGGGACGGAGAGACCAGCUCUGAGCCAGCUUUGAGUCUGCGUUCUACUGCACCCGGUCUUGAUUUGCAUGCACUGGUUGUUUUGAUCCGUGCAAUAGACAAGAGGAGGUGGGGAAGAUGUUGGCGCGAUGCUACCGGGGCAAGCUGUCGGUGUGGGCCGCUAUGUGCGUGCUGGUGCUCUGCUGGUUCUACGUGUUCCCCUUCUACAGACUCCCACGCGACAAAGAAAUAGUGGACGAGGUGCUGAGGCAGGGGCACGUAUGGCAGAAGAACCAGACGGGCAUCGAUUUAUACAGGAAGUUGCUGACAAAGUGCUGCGAUCCGUGGAGGAUGUUUGCGGUGACCAAGGAGAACUCGCCGAUGGGCAAGGUCCUGUGGUACGAUGGCGAGUUUUACCACUCGCACACUGUGAACAACGAGACUUACCCACUCCUUGUGAAGGACAACCCUCUGCAGCGGCCGCUGAAGAAGUGUGCAGUGGUGGGCAACGGGGGCAUUCUCCGGUACAGCAAAUGUGGACGGGACAUUGACCAGGCCGAUUUCAUCCUUCGGUGCAACCUCCCACCACUGUCAAAGGAAUACGUGGAGGAUGUGGGAACCAGAACUCACCUGGUCACAGCCAACCCCAGCAUCAUAGAGAAAAGAUUUCAGAACCUCCUAUGGUCGAGAAAAGGUUUUGUGGACAGUAUGAAGGUCUACGGCUCCAGCUACAUCUACAUGCCAGCGUUCUCCAUGAAGACGGGCACCGACCCGUCACUGCGGGCGCAUUACGCCCUGGCGGACACCUCCUCCAACCUCACCAUGCUCUUCGCCAACCCCGAAUUCCUGCGCACGGUGGGAAAAUUCUGGAAAGCCCACGGCGUGCACGCCACACGCCUCUCCACGGGGCUCUUCCUGGUCAGCCUGGCCCUGGGGCUGUGCGAGGAGGUGACGGUCUACGGCUUCUGGCCGUUUUCCGUCAGCCUGGACGAGCAGCCGGUCAGCCACCAUUACUACGACAACAUCCUGCCCGACAAGUGGUACCACGCCAUGCCCGAGGAGUUUGUCCAGCUUUGGCACCUGCACAAAAGCGGCACGUUGCGCACGAGAGUGGGACGCUGCUCCUCUCCGAAAGGAGGGAGUUAGAGCGUCCUGAUGAGUGAAGCGAGGGCGGCCAGUUGAAGUUAAGUGGGCUGCAGGAAGCAGAUGAAAACAUUUGGCGGAAAGUUGUCACGAUGACAAAAAAAAUGUGUGCGCGUAUUUGCCUUGAGGAACCUCGGUACUGCAUCUUUGUCCAUACACACUCCUGCUGUCCCGCCAGCUAAUCCCUAAUUAACAUGAGAAUGUCCUCCACCCAGUCCAGCUGCACCAGGGACAGGAUACACACUUGCAGCCAAACACACACACACACAGUACCAAAUCUUGCCAUGUCUCUUUCCCUCGUUUCUGAAAGUGUGUAUGUGUGUGUGUGUGUGUGUGUGUGUGUGUGUGUGUGUGUGUGUGUGUGUGUGUAUGUAUGUGUGUG